AUGACAGACUCAUUUUUAUUGGUAAAAGGAAUAGAAAAAUUCCACCAGUGCAAUUUAUGUCCUUCUAUGCUUUCAUCAGCUAUUGGGUUAAAAAUUCAUAUGCAACAUAAACACUCAGGACUAAAAACCACACAGCUACCUUGUCAACCCGAUGAUCCCUCCAAGAAAACAACCGGAACUUCAACCGAGAAUGUUGCUGGAGCUGCUGAAAGUGAUCUCGUUAAGCCUUCACCAUCCGAAAAUAGUUCUGACACCGAUUCAGAACUCAACAACACAGUUGUUGCUGCUCAGGUCGAACCUGUUUUUGUUCCCGCUGAACCUGUAGUUGUUCCCGACGAACCUGUACCCGGCAUUGUUCGUCCACCAUCAGUUCAUCAGCAACCCGUUCCCGUUCGUCCGCGACCUCUUAUCGCAUACGAACUCGAUAAUAAUGCAGAUCCCGAAUAUGAAUAUUCUUUUACUGCUACAACUCCACAUUCCGUUAAAGAAUUUAGCAACGUGCGAGUGCAAACUCGCCCCAUUCAACGUUGUCCUCGUUGCGGAAUCUUAAUUCAUUUCGGCUUUGAUUGUCCAGCCAUUAAUGCAAUCUGCCGUUUAUGCAACCAGAAGGGACAUUACCAAUACCACAAAAAUUUAACCGAUUUUUAUACAUAG